AUGCAGCAACAGGAGGCCAUUGAGGACAUCGUCGUCGUGGGCGCCGGGCUCGCUGGCCUCGCGACAGCUCUCGGGCUGCACCGAAGAGGGGUGAGGAGCUUGGUCCUGGAGUCGUCGCCGGCGCUGAGGACGUCGGGGUUCGCGUUCACGGCGUGGCAGAAUGCCUUCCGGGCCCUCGACGCCCUCGGGGUGGGCGACAAGAUCAGGAAGCAGCAUCCCCAGGCUCAGGCGCUGCGCGUCAUGUCCUCGUCGACUGGGGAAGUUGCGCAGGAGCUGGACCUCACGGUGCAGCCGAAACGUGGAGGAUGCAAUGAAAUCCGUUGCGUCAGGCGGGACUUGUUGGUGCAGGCCUUGGAGGAGGAGCUGCCAAGAGGCACCAUCCGCUACUCCUCCAGGAUCGUAUCCAUCGAGGAGGACGGCAACCUCAAGGUCCUGCAACUGGCCGAUGGCUCGGAGCUGAGAGCAAAGGUGCUGAUCGGAUGCGACGGGAUCAACUCGGUGGUGGCCAAAUGGCUGGGCCUCGCGGAGCCGACCCACUCGGGGCGCAUGGCGGCGAGAGGCCUCGCGCGCUUCCCGGACGGCCACGGCUUCGAGCCCAAGUUCCUGCAGUUCAACGGCCGCGGCUUCCGCUCCGGCAUGCGACCCUGCAACGACACUGACAUCUACUGGUUCUUCAGCUGGACUCCCACUGAAAACGAUAAAGCCAUCGUCGAGGGUGGCACUAAGCUGAAGCGGUUCGUGCUGGCAAACCUGGCGGCCUUAAAGGUGCCAGCGAAGGCGCUGGCGGCGAUCGAGGCGAGCGACGACGUCUUCGCGGUGCCGCUGCGGUUCCGGCCGCCGCUGUCGCCUGUAGCCGCGAGCAUCAGCAAGGGCGGCGUCUGCGUGGCCGGCGACGCGCUGCACCCGAUGACGCCGGACCUGGGCCAGGGCGCCUGCGCCGCGCUAGAGGACAGCGUCGUCCUGGCCAGGUGCCUCGGCAAGGCCGUGCUCGGCGAGGGCGGCACCGGCGGUGGAGGAGCGUCCAGCUCAUUGCCACUGCCUACGUGGUCGGCUUCAUGCAGCAGAGCAACAAUGCCGUCGUGA